AAACAGAAGCAACAGUACGCCGGACUUGAUCGCAACAACUCCAAAGCAGCCCAGAGGAAUGAAUAACAUGGAAACGGAAUGUAUGAACAUAAACUCUUCUAAUUUGACUGUAAAGAUUUUGGAAUGGAAAGCAGUAGCUUCUUGGAAGUGGAUUGAUGGUCAGAUGCCUGUCUUUGUGCAGUUGAUUCUCAGUCUGCUCGCCAUCGUUAAUCGAGACUAUGCUAAGCCCGUCGCCAUGUGAAU